AUGGUGUUGGCAAAGUCGAAAAAGAAUGAAGGGCUGGGCAAUACCCUGAUGAACGAUCGCUUCGGAAAGGGCAGAGGCUCCGAUCACAAGAAGACAUCGGCGGUUAUGCGAACGAACCACACGACUGGCGAACAAUAUCUCGUAAACGACAAGAAGGAUGCCGCUUGGGUCAAGAUGCGCUCCGUUACGGAGCAAGGCGCGCUGGACGAGUUCCUGGCCACGGCCGAGCUGGCUGGCACUGAUUUCACGGCCGAGAAGAUGAACAACGUCAAGAUCAUCCACACCGAUCAGAAGAAUCCCUAUCUGCUAUCUGCCACCGAAGAGAGAGCCAUCCUUGGCAAGCACCGACAGCACAGAAACCGGCUGACAGUCCCGCGAAGACCUCACUGGGAUGCCUCGACCACCCGAGAGGAGCUCGACGCACGAGAGCGAGAGGCUCUUGUCGCAUGGCGAAGAGGCCUAGCCGAGCUACAGGAGAACAACGAUCUACUCAUGACACCCUUUGAACGAAAUAUUGAGGUUUGGAGACAGCUAUGGAGAGUCAUUGAGCGAUCAGAUCUCAUUGUGCAGAUUGUGGACGCGAGAAACCCUCUGCUUUUCCGAUCGGAAGAUUUAGAAUCAUACGUCAAGGCCGUCGACCCCAAGAAGGAAAACUUGCUUCUGAUCAACAAGGCCGACAUGAUGACAACCAAGCAGCGCAAGGCAUGGGCCAAGCAUCUGAGAGAAGCGGGCAUUGCAUACAAGUUCUUUUCUGCGCAGCUUGCGAAGGAGUUGAUUGAGGCUAGAGAGAAUUCGGACUAUGAAUCGGAUGAAGAGCCAUUUUCUUCCUCAAAGCAAGCUGAGAGGGAUGAGGAGAGCGAGGAUGAGGAAGCUGAGGCAGAGGAGGGAGAGGGCUCAGGGAGCAAAGCGCAAGAAGACGAAGAUACUCAGAUUCUCACAGUCGAAGAGUUGGAAGAGAUUUUCCUAAGAUAUGCUCCAACUGACAGAGAGUCGAAUGAAAAACUCCAAGUUGGAUUAGUCGGCUACCCUAAUGUCGGUAAAUCAUCAACCAUUAACGCCCUGAUCGGAGCCAAAAAGGUCUCUGUCUCUUCAACGCCUGGAAAGACCAAGCACUUCCAAACCAUCCAUCUCAGUGAACGGGUCAUCCUGUGCGAUUGCCCUGGUCUCGUAUUCCCCAACUUCGCCACCACCAAGGCCGAUUUGGUCACUCAAGGUGUGCUGCCCAUCGACCAGAUGCGCGAGCACUCGGGACCCGUAGGCUUGGUGGCGCAGAGAAUCCCCCAGCCAUUCCUGGAAGCUAUUUACGGCAUCAAGAUUCUGACCAGGCCGGUCGAAGAAGGAGGCACUGGUGUCCCGACCGCGGAGGAGCUGCUGCGUGCUUACGCUACUGCUCGAGGAUUCCAGACGCAGGGUCUUGGUCAGCCCGACGAGGCGCGAGCAUCCAGAUACAUCCUCAAAGACUACGUCAACGGAAAACUUCUCUUCGUCCAUCCUCCCCCAGGUGUCGAGGAUGAGAAGGAGUUCAACGCCGAGCUGUAUGACGAAGCACAUCUGCCUGAGCGUCGCCGUGCCGCUCUUGUAGCCGCCACGGAGGCCCUCGCCCUCGGCGGUGAUGAUGAGAGCCUUGCAUCCGAGUUCGUCUCCCUCCCCCAGGGUCCCAAGUCCAAGAGGCUGGACAAGAGCUUCUUCACACCAAAGAACAUCCGCGGGCAUGUGAACAUGCCGUUCAACUACAAGUACACGGAACAGGGCAGCGCAUCCGGCAGCACAGCCGGCGGCUCCAAGAUGCUUAGUGGACGCAAGGCCCGAGCGGCAAUUGCCUUGGAGAACGGGAUCGACCCCAAGGAUGUGCAGCUUGGGUCGGGUAAGAAGCAUUUCAAGAAGGGUGCGCCGAAUGGCAUGGGCAGGAAGGCGAGGAGAGGAGCCCCCAACUUUGCUGAUGACUAG